UCCAAAUCCUCUCCCAUGGCUUCCAAACACCACCUUCUUCUUCUUUUCCUUUUCCUCAUGAUCUCAACCUACACUUCUUCCCAAACAAUCCCUAAUCACAACCAAACCUAUUUCUUCACUCUCAUGAACAACUACACCAAAGGCAGAUCCCUCUCCGAUUGGGACUACUCCACCAAAGGAAACAACUUCUGCAGCUACUCCGGCAUCACCUGCGACUCCUCCGGCCAAAACAUAGUAGGAAUCGACAUCUCCGGCUGGUCAUUAUCCGGCGAAUUCCCCUCCCAGCUAUGCUCCUAUCUCCCCAAACUCCGCCUCCUCCGCCUCGGCCACAACAACUUCAACCUCUCCCUCUCCCCGAUAACGAAUUGCACGUCCCUCGAGGAGUUCAACGCGACCUCGCUCUUCCUCACCGGAAACCUCCCCGACUUCACGCCGUUGAGCUCUCUCAAGGUUCUUGAUCUCUCCUACAACCUCUUCUCCGGCGACUUCCCUCUCUCAGUCACAAACCUCACCAAUCUCGAAACCCUAAAUUUCAAUGAAAACCCUACUUUCAACUCAUGGCAACUCCCGGAAACCCUAACCAAGCUCACGAGCCUCAAAUCCUUGAUCCUUUCCACGUGCAUGUUGGUGGGCGAGAUCCCGACCCUAGUCGGGAACCUCACUUCGCUCGUUGAUCUCGAGCUAAGUGGGAACUAUCUAUCCGGCCGAGUUCCUAGAGAACUCGGCCGGCUAGAGAAUCUGGAGCACCUCGAGCUCUACUACAACGAGCUCGAGGGCCAAAUCCCUCACGAGAUCGGAAACUUGACCAAUUUAGUUGACCUAGACAUGUCGGUCAACAAGCUGACCGGCGAGAUCCCGGCCUCCCUCUGCCGCCUCCCGAAGCUGAGGGUGUUUCAGCUCUACACCAACGCCCUCACCGGAGAAAUCCCGCCUGAGAUCGCGAACUCCACGACGUUAAACACGCUGUCGCUCUACGAGAACCUCCUCACUGGGGAAGUCCCAAGCGGUCUCGGGAGAUCCUCGGUGAUCGUGGCGAUGGACCUCGCCGAGAAUCGGCUCUCUGGAAGGCUGCCGGAGGGACUCUGCAGCGGCGGGAGACUCCACUACCUCCUCAUGCUGCAGAACAAUUUCUCCGGAGAGAUUCCGAAGAGCUAUGCUGAGUGUAAGUCGAUUGUGAGAUUUCGAGUUAGUGAUAACAGUCUUGAAGGUGAGAUACCAACAGGGGUUUUCUCACUGCCUCUUGCAUCGAUCAUUGAUUUAGGGUUUAAUAAUUUCAUUGGAUCGAUUUCGCAAACUAUUGGAAAUGCAAGAAAUUUGUCACAGCUUUUCUUGGUAGGGAAUAGGUUGUCUGGCUCUAUCCCUAGAGAGAUCUCUCUUGCUACAAAUCUUGUCAAGAUUGAUCUCAGCAACAACCUUCUCUCUGGUGAAAUUCCUCAUGAAAUUGGGGGAUUGAGAAACCUCAACAUCUUGAUGCUGCAGAACAACAAGCUGAAUUCUUCGAUACCGGAAUCGUUAUCCUCUUUGAAGUCAUUGAAUGCUCUUGAUCUCUCCAACAAUUUCUUGACUGGUGAAAUCCCUGAAAGUUUGAGCAAAUUGCUUCCAACAUCUUUGAAUUUCUCAAAUAAUUUACUCUCUGGUGUGAUCCCAACCCCCUUCACAAAGGGAGGUAUGUUGGAGAGCUUUCUUGGAAACCCUAACCUUUGCCUACCUUCAAACUUCCAUCCAUCAUCAUCACUAUCUCAAAAUCUCUCAAUUUGCUCAGAGAAACCCUAUUUCAAGAAAAGGGCAGCGUGUAUUUGGACAUUAACAUCCAUUUUGCUAGCAAUCUUGAUCAUUGGGAUUGCAUUUCUUGCAAAAAAAUGGUACACCAAGGAGAAAAAGGUUGUGGAGACCUACGACACCAUGUCGAAUUCGUUCUUCUCCUACGACAUGAAGAGCUUCCAUCGGCUGAGCUUCGACCAGCGCGAGAUCAUGGACGCGAUGGUCGAGAAAAACAUAGUCGGAUACGGGGGUUCAGGCACGGUGUACAAGAUUGAGCUCAGCAGUGGGGAAGUAGUCGCGGCGAAGAAGCUGUGGGGCCGGAAAUCCACGGCCUCAGAGGAGCAGCUGGUGAUGGAGAAGGAGCUCGUGACGGAGGUGGAGACGCUCGGAAGCAUUAGGCACAAGAACAUAAUGAAGCUCUAUAGCUAUUUGUCGACCCUUGAUUGUAGUUUGUUGGUGUAUGAAUACAUGCCAAAUGGCAAUCUUUGGGAGGCGUUGCAUCGGGGGAAAGUGGUGUUGGAUUGGCCAAUCCGACACCAGAUCGCGGUGGGGGUAGCCCAGGGACUGGCCUAUCUCCACCACCAUCUGAUGCCUCCGAUCGUGCAUAGAGACAUCAAGUCGACUAAUAUACUCUUGGAUAUUAACUACGAGGCUAAACUUGCGGAUUUUGGGAUUGCCAAGAUCCUUCAAGCAAGAGGGUCCCAUGAUUCUACCACAAAUGUUAUUGCAGGGACUUAUGGCUACUUAGCGCCAGAGUACGCGUACUCUUCGAGGGCUACUACGAAAUGCGACGUGUACAGCUUCGGAGUAGUGCUGCUGGAGCUAGUGACGGGGAAGAAGCCGGUGGAGGCGGCAUUUGGGGAGGGCAAGAACAUCGUGUCAUGGGUGAGGGCGAAGGCGGAGGAGACGGCCGAGGACGGGAGUAGGGAGGUCGUGGACAAGCGAGUGUCGGGAUUGUACGAGGACGACAUGGUCAAAGUGUUGACCAUCGCCCUUCGUUGCACGGGUGGAGCUCCGGCCCUCCGCCCCUCCAUGAGCGAGGUGGCGCAGCACCUCAUAGAGGCGGACCCUUGCAAAUUCAACUGCUGCAAAUUUUCCAAAGAUGUUAAGGAAUUAAUGGAUGGCCCUACUAAACCAAAUGAAAACAAUUUUUAAUUUUUCUGGUUACAAAAGUUAUAGUAAUGUCUAAAUAGUCACCCCACAUAUGCACCCAUUUCAAUUCCUAUCUUGUUUGCAUAUUCAUUAGAAUUUGGAAUCUUGGUUUAUGUA